AACGCUCCUACGAGCAUGUGUCUAAUGAAAAGCUUGUGUAGUUUUCUAGUGUAUAAAAAUAAAGAUCAGGCCAUUUCCUCAUGCGCUGCAGGUGAGCUUUGGAAAGAUUUGCCCGCAUCACCCCCAUUGAUCUACAUCAGUGUCUCGCCUCCACAGACGGGUAUUGUGAAGCCUGCGGUUUUUCUUACUUUGAGGACAUUCUGCAGAUUAACUUGGGGUCUAAUUUUAGUUUAUCUAAUUUUAGUCUCAUCCAUUUUUCAUCGAGUGAAACCACCACAGCCACUGAGAGAGCCGUGUCCCAUCUCCCACCGGGUUGAUGUGGUGUCGGGGCUACCUGACACCAAGGGAGAAUGCAAAACUUGGAUAAAGAAACUCAUACACAUUCAGAACAACAUGAGGAAUGAGCUCAGGGUAAGGGAAAGACCACACCGCACCUCCAGAGCAGAGCCACAGACACCAGCAGCACCUGAGACAGAGGCUCCAUUGGUGGAUGACUGUGAGAGGCUCGGCACUCUGUUCGGAGAGCUGAAUAAGUGUUUGAGGGGUCUUGGCUUCAUCCAGCUUUACUUUGGAGAGAAAAUUGUGGAGCCUGUGAUCGUGCUGGUUUUCUGGUUGUUACUCUGGUUUCUGGGUAUUCAAGCUCUUGGUCUCGUGGGAACGCUAUGCAUUGUUAUCAUAUAUAUCCAGAAAUGAAUGAAUGGACCUGUAUUUGCUUAUCGAGCUGGAGACAGUGCCAAUGGAAAAGAGGAGAGACUCCUAUUAAAAAAGUGCUUGAAGAAUGUCAUUUGAACGCAUUACCAAUAUAGACCAUUUCAAAAGAUGUAAACAACACUGGUCCAGAAGCACUUCCUGUUUCCGUUUUUAACACUAGAUAAACGUUGGGAUAAAAUAAACCAACAGAACAUAUAAACCUGAAUUAAAUGAAGUUAAACAAACAUCUUAAAGAUAAUAAUAUAUGUGAAAUAAAAAAAUAACUGUCACAAACUGUAACAGGAAGUGUUUCUGGACCAGUGUUGUUUACAUCAUUUGAACUGGUCUAUACACAGGCCUCUGUGUUUUGCUAACCUUAUUGUGGGUAUGCAAAUGAGAGAAAAUGGUUUAAAUUAUUGAGAGGAUUUACUAUAAAUAAUUAAUAGAUUUUUCCAAUCUGUGCCCACUAGUGUGCAGUAUUUCUGAUAAGCAUGCUUCCCCCAAGUAUUUUCAUUGAGCCAAAGUGUAUGUAUUGAUAUGGUGACUAUGACUAUUUUAAAGUAAAUGCAUUUUGAAGUAUUAAGAAUAUCAGUCCAACCAGUUGUACAUCAUCUCAGUCAUGUGAGAAACCAAUGGUACAAUUGUUGAAUGUAUUACGUCCCUUUGGCCACGUGUCAGCCAUGCUUUUUUCACACUUUUGUCCAAUGGACUAGAGUGCAAACUUCCUCAUUCUCAGCUUAAAAUGUCUUGGGGGAACAUACCAGGAAAUAUUAGACCUUCUGUAUUUAAACUUGAAUGUGUUAAUACUACUGCAUGUGAAUGUUAUGGGGCUGUUGGAAUAUAUUUGGGUUUUGUAAAAGGGUCAGUGACAAAACAAGCUCCUAAAAGCGUAUUUAAAAAAAAAUGGAAGUAAUGCAUAUUUUUUAAGUCAGGAAAAAUGUGUUUAAAAGGUUGUCUUUAUUGAACAACAAUUUCAGUACAUUUUAAUGAUUUACACAAUAUUUUUAUAUCCCAAUUUUAAAAAAAGUCAGAUGGUACAACCAGUUUAUUUGCCACUUAAUGCACUCCCUGUGUCAUGUUGAUUGUUUGAUAGUGGCAUUUAAAAGGAACGCUUCACUU